AGCUGUGGACACUCACACGUCCACUGGACCUGAGUGAAAACACCACUGGAAUCACUGCUUUCUUCACCAUCGGCGGCUGAGAGAGACCUGCCACUCCAUGCACACAGGAAUCAGGAAAUCAUAACUGCAUCAAUGUCUCCUGCUCUCAACUCUUGUAGUUUAUUGUAGUUUACUGUAUCGACCUUCACUAUAAAACAGCCAUGUUAACGUUACACAUGAACGGUGACAUGACGGAGGACUCGGGUGAGAUGGACACGGGACAGUCCUGCCAAACUCAUCGCUCAGUGCUGCAGUGAGCAGACCGAGAAGAUCCGGGAUGAUCCAGAGGAAGUGAUGAUGAUGAAGGAGAAGGAAGAGGCUCGUGAACUGACUCAGGACACCGAUCUGAACUUUUCCUCGUGUCUCACAUCGGCACAGAGCAGCACUGAGGCCAUUUUUGAUGGGAUGGAUGUUGCAGAGGAAGCCAAGUCAACAUCAGAGGAGAGGAAUACAACAGAGCUGGAGGACUUGCUGGACUCUCUGCAGCAUCUGCAGCUGUGUCUGACGGAUGCUGAGAGUCAGCAGGACGUUCGGCUGCUGCUGGAGCUGCUGCUGCAGUCAGACUUCCAGCAGGCGUUCAUCAUGCACCGCAGCGUGGCUCAGAGCACGAGACACCUCCGUCCGCCGUUCCCGCUCACCGCAAACGCACAGCAGCUCAGAGACGAG